GCUGCACGGCGGCGCUCGCCGCUCAUCUAACCGUUAUGUUUCUUUGUGGGGCGUACAGCUCAGCAGUGUAGCGUCUACCUACCAGCUCCAGGAAUGGAUUGACUUUCUGAAGGUUCACCACCGCUGACAAAUCCACUCUUUCUCCUGUACUUCUCGGUUCAAGGGACAAACGUUCAGAGUCUAAGUCAAGCCUGGACUCAUUUUUAGUUUCAAGUUUAUUUGCUGUCUGUAGCGACUACGCAGAUUUAGUGGGGGUUUUUUUUUUCACUCGCGAGACUUAUUUGUGGCCGUUGGACGAAACGGGAUUCAACUUAAACGAACCCGCAGACAUUUUGUUAUUUCUGAGAAUUAGAUCGUCAUUUUCCUCAUACUUUUUCACCCGUGUAGUCGCAGCUGGUUGAAGAGAGCCAACUGAACGCUUUGAACGAUCACCGCAAGGCAAAGGCAGAGACCAUUACCCGCGGUUCGCCAGGCUCACCCAAACGCCUCUGUGUUCGUAACGUUAUUAAUUUACAUGCGUCGUGCUCGCAUCGCUGCCGCGUGUGCGCUGAGGCGGAAAGCUUGCAACAGCGAUGGAUCAUUUUGACUGACAGCUUUUGAAGAAUUAGCUAGCUUAGCCAGUAAAGGACCAGCGCUGAUGGUGGUUUCCUGCUCACAGACACAGUAAAUACGGGGUCGGGACAGGUACAGCUGAAUGGUCUUGCAUCACCCAGACAAGACACCGACUGUUUUACCUCGUUAAAGGCUGAAAAGUGCACCACUCAUAUCCAGCUUAAUUUUUUUGAGGGGGGUCGCUAGCUACCGUUAGCUAGUCAUCCUGCUAACGCUGGACAGCUCCUGUUUAAGGCUGGGCUAGCUUUGGACAAAGGACCAACGCAAGGAAAAAUAUAAACACAAGGCACUCAGUUGAUCGUGUUUGGGAAGGACAGCAACAGACAAGGAAUUGACAUGAUGUUUCCACAAUCAAGACACUCAGCUUCAUCGCAGCAGCUGAAAUUCACAACCUCCGACUCCUGUGACAGGAUCAAGGAUGAGUUUCAGUUCCUCCAAGCACAAUACCACAGUUUGAAGCUUGAGUGUGACAAGUUGGCCAGUGAGAAGUCAGAGAUGCAGCGCCAUUAUAUCAUGUACUAUGAGAUGUCCUAUGGGCUCAAUAUUGAGAUGCACAAACAGGCUGAGAUAGUGAAGAGAUUGAACGGGAUCUGUGCACAAGUCCUCCCUUACCUGUCUCAGGAGCACCAGCAGCAGGUCCUGGCGGCCAUAGAGAGGGCCAAGCAGGUCACCCCCCCAGAGAUGAACUCCAUCAUAAGGCAGCUCCAGGCUCACCAGCUGUCUCAGCUCCAGGGCCUGGCCCUGCCCAUGACCCCUCUGCCGCUGGGCCUGAGCCAGCCUACCCUCCCCGCUGUCACCACCUCCUCCGGUCUCUUCUCCCUGUCCUCUCUGCUGGCCUCCCAAGCCCAGCUGGCCAAGGAGGAGAAAGCGUCACGUGACGGAGUUGACAGCCAUCGUGAGGAGGACGGAGACAAGUCUGAUUAGAUGGUGUCCCCAUUCAGCUCAGAGACGUGAAUCCCCAAAUCUGAGUCCCUUUUGGCCUACAGCAUCUCCCCUGGUCUCCCUCUCUUUGACCUUAGCUAACAUGGGCUUAAAUCCCAUCACCGCAGCUCCAGCUAGAGACUCAUAACCAACUCCCAUUAUUGGGAGAGCUUUGGCACCUGCCCCUUGUCAAACUACUCCUUAUCUCCUCAUAUUUACUAUACUUGUGUUCUUUAUUGUCCCUGUCUGUAUCUUUUUUCAGACACUGUCUCUUUUUUGUACACAAUUAAGCUUCAGGAUUUUUGUUGUUGUUUUUUUUUUUUAAUCAGGAUGACUUUCUCUUUCUGUUCCUUUCUGCCUCCCUGUUGCUCUACCUCUCAGUUCUUAUUCUGGUUUAGUUUCUGGUUUUUUUUCCCCUCCAUGCCUCCCCCCACCUCUUGCUUCUGUUCUAAGCAGGUCCUUGUUAUGCAGGACUGAACUGUGAGACUGAACACCAUACUGUAGGUGUUAACACAGGGAUUCUUUGGCAAGCUGUAAAACUUGUCAAACAUAGCACAGGAUUCCUACAGACUUCACUUUCCUGAGAAAGAGGUCCUACAGAGGUCAGUAGUAUUGAUAUGUUUUGGCAGUUCAGAUUGCAUGCAUUUAUUCCAAGCUAAAAGUUGGCAUUUGAUUUUGAGUUCUGUUGAUUGUUAUGAAUCAGAUCAGAUCAAAAGUUUAAACAGUGCCCUCGUUGGUCCUUAAAGCAACACAUACAUCCCAACCAAAAACUGCAGCUUUGAGAGCAGUUUUUAACGAGAAGACAUCUCCAAAUGGCAAACUGGAGAUGUUGUGUGUAAUCCUACAUUUAUAUGGUGAAAAGGAAAAGCACCGUCUUUGGGCAGACUUCAUGCUGAGAGCUGUCAGACUAGAUAACAAACCCACCUUAGUAAGUAAUCCCUCGUUACUUGCUUUCCUCGCCCGAACCUGUGAGGUACAUCAGACAAAUCCACCCAGCACCUUAACUAAAAGGCAACAUUUUCAGCAGUACUUAAACUAACAGACAUACCACUUGACUCUUGCACCCUCCCACCACCUUUUUCAUCAUUGAUGUGCACUAAUAUUAGAGCAGGCACAGACCAGCGACAGUGUGCAUGUUGUGUGUUUGACAGCAGAGGGCAGUGUGUGUCUUUGAAGAAUCCUUCUAACUGGGUUCAGGUCCUAGCAAAACAAGGACGGGACAAUGACAGAGCACAGGCUGUGUCACAAGGGGAAAGUCUUAUUUAUCUACUCUUUGUGUGUACAAACUUAAUACACAGAGAGUAGACUGGUGACAUUAAGCUCUGCAUGUGGUCAGUCCCAGUCUCUGUCCUGAUCCAGUUCUUGAGAAAUGGUUUGUGAUCUAUUUUAAGCUCAAUAUGAAACAGAAACACAACCGGGCCCAUGCUUUUGAUCCCGUCUGUAAAUUUUAAUACUGUACAUUUUGAUUCACUGUACAUAUUCACAUCUGUCACAUAUCAGACAAACACUGCAUUAUACCGAUGACUUAACACAAACAUACAACACUUCUGCUUCUUCUCCAUGACCUAACAAAAUUAAAGCCUCUGGUCAGAUGGAAGUGGGGUGAAACUGUGCUGGCAGUAAUCUUGACGUCAACAAAAUGUGGCUGCUUUUAAAAUCUCUUCUGAAUUUCCCGCAUUUGGGGCGUACUGGUAGCCUCGUGAUUGAAACCAAUUUGGGUAACGUCCCCAGUCGCAGCGUCCCCAGUUUCACGGCAGCAGGAGACCUUUGCUGCAGACUAAUGCCCCAUUUAAUUACUUGGGUUUAAUUACUUAACGAUGAAUUUUGGUGUGAGGCAAACGUGUUCGCUUCAUUUCAGGCACUUCUGUAUUAUUAAGAGCCAAGUCAGAUAUAUUAGAGCUUUCAUAAAAAUCACAGCUUCCCAGUCCUAACUGCCACUAGAAGUGAGGGACAUGUCACCGACAGAGUCCGAAUAAGAGGUCUGAGACGCCAGUGUAAGUGGACAAUGUAGGGGCUUUGACCAGGCCAGUAGCAGCCAAAAUGUCCCCACUAAAUGUCUUCUUUCUACCGGCUGAGUUGAAAAUGACAUUUUUGCCAGCACACAUUUCCAGCACAGGUAUCCUCAGUGAUAAUCAAACCCCUGUCCUUAGUGCUGUCGACCCACAAAAAAAAAAUUUGUUAUUGACUACGAGUCGACUGUGGUGGCCCCUUUUUGUCUGAGCGUCGAUAUGAAGACAGCCUGUGUACGAAGUUGAUGCAGACAAAGCCGACACACUCAUAGACACAGUAACACACACACACACAGCGUUUCUUAGCCUCCUCUCUCUGUUUUAAUGUGUGCACUGUGAGAGUGAAUUGAAAAAUGCUACUCCCUGGCAUGAUGAUGACAAAGCCCCUUUUCUUUUUCUUUUUUUUUUUUUAUUGUUGAAGGCAUACGGAAAGCAAAAAUAUACAAAUGGCAGAAUAAAACCCCUCUAAAAGUUGAGAUGACAUCCCGUUUGUGACAUUGGUGCGAUGGCUUUUUCACCGAUGCCCAUUGCUGUGUAUGUAUGUGAAUACAUAAACAAGACGUGUAUAAACAGUUGUACAGGUUUGGUCGUCGAUGAUGAACCAUGGAGAUAAAAUGCAUCCCUGCUCUCACUCCAGCUAAAGCUAACAUGCUACCCGGCUUGUGAAUUAAGCUCGCAGCACAUCGUCGUCCCAUCCAGCCACACACUGUAUGUAUCUAGCUACAUACUGUACUCGUUGUAGUGAUAUGCAGAGCGUGUAGACAAAGCGAGACACACACACACAUACACAUACACACCAGUGCAUGUCAGCAGGGGAACGGAGAUUGAUUUUUGUUUUUUCUAGUGGAGACAUUUUGUUUUUAAAGAAUGUUUGGUCCAAACUUUCUGUGAUCAAUGCACUUGUUUUUUUUUUUUUAUUUUCCUCUUCUUUGUUUUGAAAUAUUAAUCGAUAUGAACUAGAACGAGAAUUACAAAGCUGACGUUAUAAACAUACAGAUGAAAUUCUAUGUAUUUGUUAAAGUAGUUGGAGGUGCUCGCCUCUGUAUACAGUUAUACAUAGAAAGCUUUAUGUGUAUAUAGCUGCAUCUUUUCUUGUCUGUCCUGGAUGAUUCUUGUGCUAUUGUGUUACAAAACUGAUGUGACACCGGGGGGAAACUGCAGUACAUUGACCUUUUGCCCUUUGAGCCCUUUUUUCUUCUUUGAGUGCCCUAAACCCUUUUACUCCGACGUCUCAUCCCUCCUUUCCAACUCUUUGCCCCCAUAGCGUGAAGCAUUGUAAACGUUUUGAGCUUUGUAAAGGUCUUUUUUUAAAUACUUAUUUUGUGCAUAAUGUAAAACCUUAAAGUGUGUACUUUGGCAAAAAGAAAUGUUUUGUGUCUGAAAUCAUAGCUUCAUUGAAACAAAACAACAAAAAAAGAAACUAUAAAAAGUACAACAAACACUUACUAUAAAUAAUAUGAAAUGUUCUGCAGUAAGGAAGGAAGGACUUCUGGUGCCUUACAAAUAAAGUCAAUCAAAUCAUUAGAAA